UGCUAAUUUUCGAGAUGGAGAAGAAAAGUUUAGGUCGCCAAAAGGUUGAGAUGGUGAAAAUGAAGAAUAGUAGCAAUCUCCAAGUAACCUUCUCAAAACGUCGGUCUGGUCUGUUCAAAAAGGCUAGUGAACUUUGCACUCUUUGUGGUGCUGAAAUUGGCAUCAUAGUCUUCUCACCAGGCAAGAAGGUGUUCUCUUUUGGCCACCCUGAAAUUGGAAAUAUUAUUGAUCGAUACCUCAAUCACAGCACUCCGGAGACUUCGGGAACGUCGCAGUUCAUUGAAGCUCAUCGUAAUGCUAAUGUUCGUGAGCUCAACAUGCAUCUUACUGAGAUGGUGAGGCAAUUAGAGGUUGAGAAAAGGCGUGGAGAAGAGCUUGACCAAAUGAGGAGAACAAGCCAAAGCCAACACUGGUGGGAGGCCCCAAUUGAGGAACUUAGCCUGCCACAUCUCCAGCAACUGAAAUCUGCCAUGGAGGAGUUGAAAAAGAACAUGGCAAAGCAAGCAGAGAAGCAUCUUAUUCAGAGUACAAAUUCCCAGCAGUUUUUCAUGGGGAGUUCCAGCGCCGGGGUGUUCCCUAAUUAUGAGACAAAGAACAUUUCAUUCGAUGUAAACAUGAUGCCUCAGGGAUACAAUGCCCCGAAUAUGAUACCUCCUGGAUUCAACUUCAAUCCUGAAGGAUACAAUCCGAACCCUCAAGGGUACAAUCCUGAAUUCGGACGUGGAUUUUUCUAAUCAAUUUUAGUUGCUUUGGG